UUUCCAAAACAGAGGCAAAUAGAGACAGAGGAUCAGAGGAUUAAUGGAUUUCAAUCUAAGUAGCAAGAAACAAGAUAUGAAGAAAACGAUGAAGCAAUCAAUGCUGCUGUGUUGCAAGCUUUUCAUCUCAGAAUCCCGAAACAUUGCAGCAUUGGAAUCGGUGGAACGAGCCGCUCGACUCAACCCUGAAAUAGUGAUUGUGAACAAAUUUGAAGAUCGAGCUUACAACCGGGUCAGGUACACGCUUGUAUCGUAUGUGACUCACGAUAACACAGGAAAUGCCGUCUAUAGCCCACUGCAACAGACAGUGAUUGCGAUGGUGGAAGCAGCUUACGAAGCCAUAAACCUUGAGCUCCACUCAGGUGCGCACCCUCGGAUUGGCGUGGUUGACCAUAUCUCCUUCCAUCCUCUUGCUCGUGCUUCCUUGGACGAAGCUUCUUGGCUCGCUAAACUCGUCGCUUCCGAUCUCGGCAACAGAUUACAAGUACCUGUAUUUCUGUAUGAAGCUGCACACCCAACCGGGAAAGCCCUUGACACCGUCCGGCGUGAGCUCGGGUACUACCGGCCAAAUUCCAUGGGCCAAUGGGUCGGGUGGGCAUUACCAGAAAUCCUCCCAGAAAUGCCAGACAUGGGUCCAUCUCAAGUUUCUCCAGCCAGAGGUGUUGCCGUGAUCGGCGCAAGCCCUUGGUUUGCAACAUACAAUGUUCCAGUCAUGUCUACAGAUUUGUGUACUGCAAGAAAAAUUGCUCGGAUGGUGAGUGAGAGAGGGGGAGGUCUUCCAACGGUUCAAACACUUGGUCUGGUUCAUGGAGAGGAGUCGACCGAGAUAGCCUGCAUCCUCUUGGACCCGAACCGGGUUGGAGCUGAUCGGGUUCAGAGUCAAGUGGAGAUUCUGGCUGCCCAAGAAGGAUUGGAUGUGGAGAAUGGCUAUUUCACUGAUUUCUCACCAGAGAUGAGUGUUGAGACUUAUAUGAGAUUAGUGAAUGGUGAUGAAGUCAACACGGUUUGAUGAAAUGAUCUAAACUAUUUCGUUCCUGGUUGAGUGGCUAUUUGAAAUUUGAAAUUUACAAACGAGAAACA